AGUGGUGGAAAUUAUUUUUUAAAGGAAUUAAAAGUGGAUUAAGGAAAUUAUUUUGAGACAAAGUCAUUGCAUUUUCACACUUUAGAAAUCAAAGAUUAAGGAGAAGAAAAAGAUAAUAAAUCAAUGCAACAGUUAAAUAGAGGCAAAAUCGAAGAUUUAAUGAGUGAUGAAUAUUAGUGAAAAAAUAAUUCUAAUAAUAAUUGCAAUAGAAGAAAUUUGAAUGAAAAAAGUGUAAAAUUUUCAAAUAAAAUUAUCAAGUAUUCAAAAUGUCAUCAGGAUAAGAAGAGUCUUGAAAGGAAAUCUAAGAUUUUAAUUAACUGCAAGACAAAUUCAACAUAAAUUGUUUGUGAAAUUCCGUGUUUAUAGAUAUGAAAAAUGAACAUUUUUAUGUCAUCCAUAAUAUGUAGUUAAAAAGGAGAAAUUUUAAUGACAUGAAAAUGGAACGACGAUGUGUAGUUGCGGUGUAAAGAAUUGAGUGAAAAAUAAAUGAAGAAGAAAAAUUAUUUUAAUGGACAAGGAAAGUGAGAAUUUUCUGAAGAAUUUAAUUAAUUCAUUUCAAAAAGUAAUCGUUUGAUUGACUUCGAAAACAAGAUGAUGCACCACAUUUUGGAUGUUGAUGCUGGCUACAAAGCAGCUAAUAUCAACUCACAACAACGAAAAAAUCGAAUAAAAAGGAUGGAAGAGUUGAGUCAAUCACUCGAUGAUGGGCUCAACAACAUUCCCGAUGAUGAUGGUUAUGGAAGAUAUACCGAAAAUCGCGGUAGACAAACUAAUCCUCGAUAUGAUGAUGACGAUGAUUACGAUGAUGAUGUCGGUGACUUCUUUGAUGACGAAUAUAGCGACGAUUAUUACUAUAAUAGCAAUACAAAACCUUUCGAUGAUAGACCAAGAAGUUAUAAUGAGAAAUAUUCGUCGUACAUGUACGAUGAUUACAAUUCGGCUGGAAAUUUUCAUCGUAAUCGAUACAGUUUAAAUGAAUCGUCAUCAUCGAAUCGUUAUCAAGAACAAUCACCAGUAAUGCAACAAAAGCACUCGACACUUCGACGAAAUCAUGGAUCAGGAGGAUCAAGUGGCAAUGGUCAUCAUGGAAGUAACAAACACAUUUUAUUCAACGACGAGGAUGACAUAAGAUAUGUGAACGAGAAGAAGCAAACAAAAUCGCAAUCGUCUUCAACGAAAACGAAAUCGAGCAAGAAAGAGUCGAAAGAGAAACUUUCGUUAACGUCAACGUCUUUAUUUUCAAGCAAGAAAAAGGCGUCGAAAGAAGACGUUGCAAAGCCCGAAAAAUCACCACAACAAGUGAUGAAAGCAAAGCUUAAAAUUCAAAAUAUUGCCAGCGAUGACUCGGUUCUUCACACGAGGCCAAAUCAUAAACAGAACAUUUUACAUCGACAUCACUCAGUAGAAGCGAAACUUCCGUCAUAUAGCGCUGAUCGUAGCAAUUUAUCGCCAACGAUAAUGGAAGAAAUCGAGUUCGAGAUGCAGGAUAUUGAUACGGAAGUGGAGAAAGAGUGUGAAAAAGAAGUUGUGGUGGAGAAGGUUAAAGAGAAGUCGGGUAAGGAAAAGGGAAAGGAUAAGAAAGAAAAGGAGAAAGUCGAUUCAACGCCAUCAACGCCGACAGCAAAAAAGUCAUUCAAAGCUCAUCUCUACAACCAUAAGAAACUUUUUAAAGUACCUGACAUCGAUCUCAACCACUUCAGUAAGUUCUCGUGCUUUUUCAGUAGCAACAAAAAUAUCGCAGCUUUAAAAGGAAACAAAAAAGAAGAUAUCACAAGUAAAAGUGCUGAAGAGCUCAACGAACCGUCGCCUAAAUCAUCACCAACGACAAAAAGUCCACCAACUUCACCUAAAAAACUUGCAAAGAAUAAUUCAAAAGUAGAAAAAGUUGAAACAAAUUUUGAUAAACUUGAAAGGAUUGAAGAAAAACUGGAUAAAAGCAACAGCAGUCGUACAGCGUAUGCAAAGACAACAACAGGUAGCGGCAGCACAAUUCAAAGUAGCAAUGAUUGCUUCAGAGACGAGGAUAUUUCGUUUAGUGCGAGUGACGGAGAGUUUGAGUCGCAAGCGAUGAAAAUCGUCAGGACUGUGGGACAAGCAUUUGAAGUUUGCCACAAGAUCUCCAUGCAAAAGAAGCAAGACAACAACGAAAACAAUUCAGAGCUGAAUUCAGAAUUGGAUCAAUCGGAUAUUCAGAACUUGAGUGAUUUUGACGAACCCAAGAAAGCUCUUGAUACAACUCCAAUCCUUCAAGAUUCGCCUCAAAAGAUUCAGCGACCCAAUCAUUUAGAGAAUUUAUCAACUCCACUCAACAAUCUUAUAGCGCCGCCUUCACCAAACAAAAUCAUCACACUUUCUGAUGACAGCAGCAAGGAAAAUGUCCGCGAAUUACAAAUACUUAAGGAACAACUUCAACAACAAACACAGCAGACAAAGCAAGCUUUGGCUCAGUUAAUUUUAGUGAGAGAACAAUUACUGACAGAGACAAAUGCACGAAUUGAAGCUCAAGCGAGAACUCAGCAGCUUUUGCAACAAAAUCGAGAACUCUUAGAACAUAUUGCUUCACUAAGUGGAUUAAAUGAAUCAGAAAGACCUGGACUAUCACCAACAAAUAUUGGCAUGGCCCCUCAGUCGCAAUUGCCACUUUACCUUCAAACGUUAUCAUUGUUGGGCUCAAGUUCACCUACAAAUAUCAUGAACAACAAAUCAAAUGAAUACUUGCAAAAUGAAGAUAUUAAGAACAAUAACAACGCAUACAGUUCAAAGCAAAACGGAACGGGGUUGAAUUUUGAAGGAUAUCAAAUGUACCAGAACACAAUGCAAACUUAUAAUCAAUUACAAAAGCUGACAAUGCCACAACAGCAUCAAGAACUAUAUCAACUUAAUCAGGAGCUAUUGAAUCGACUGAAGAAUUUAAAUGUUGGAUUCCAAACGCCUUCAACACCGGUGAGCUCACCUUUCACGCCAAGUCCAACAGCUGUUCUUCCAAACUUUCCUGGUGAUUCCAAUUUCAUGUUUACUAACGCCGCAGCACAAAAUUUCAUAAACAAUAAUAAUGCAAAUAAUAACAUUGCUGCAUCAUCUCCACUUGGAACCUUAAAUCGAAGUUCAUCCACUUAUUCCACUAUGAGUCCCAUUGGUGACAGCUUUGAUCGAUCAUUGGACAAUCUAAAUAACAAUCUUAAUAAUUCAAGCAACGAUACAGCAUUCAUCAAACCAUUGUCGCAGGUCGGAACUGUUACAACAUUGGACAAUGACGGAAAAGUUAAAGUGAUUGUGCCAGUUGAUCAACAGCAGCAAUUAAACCAUCAACAAGCACAAAAAGGAAGAGAACGAUAUCGAGCUGAUGAAGAUUAUUUUAGCGAGAGGAGAAGUGGUGGAAGUGGAAGCGUAGCGGCUGGAAACACAUUACAACGUCCUUCUACACAACAACAUAGAGCUUUGACGCCCAUUUUAAGCAGAGGAGAGAAAAAAGCUCAAGGAAAUACUGUGACACUCAAAGUCACAGAUGAAGCGGGCAAUAUAACAAAUCAAAGGAAACUUCCAGCACAGCCAAGCUUCAUAACACGCAGCACAAGUGAAAAAGUUCCCAAUCGUAGCCAAAUAAUGAGUCAUGUGCACAGAACGCAAUGGGCUCGUCAUACAACGAAAUAAUAUUUAGUCAAGAUGAUAGCACGAGUCAUACGAAGUCCUUACAAAGAAAUUUGAUGAAGUUCACUUGUGCAAUCAUAAAAUAUUUCUGAUUUUAUACAAGUUUUUUUUGUAUUUAUUUUACUUUCCAUUUCUUUUCUCUUUCUUUCAACUGAUGCCAAAGACAAAAUACAUAAGUACUUAAUUUCCUUAGACAAUUCAAAAUAUUUACAAAAAUCCUUUCUCCAUUUAACUGAAAUGCUACCUAGAAAAAUUUAAUUGAAAUAGAACAAUAAAAGAAUAAAAAAGAGUUUAAAAGACAUGAAAAAUGCUAAUAAUCGAUUGAGUAGCUCAAGCAUACCUUGCUAUCAAAUUGCGUUUUAAAAAAUUACAAUUGUAAAGUUAAAUAAGCUCCAAAGUCUCAGUUUUUACAAAUCUUAAACCCAACUUUCCUUAUCAAAUAAAAGUCUUCCUAACUUACAAUCAAAUUAAAUUUUUAUAUAAUUUCUUUUCCUUUUGGUUUCCAAUGUUAAAUUUACAAUUAUAAAAUUUAAUUUUUUUCAAAUAAAUAUUUUCAAAUAAAUGACUUUUAAUAAUUUAAAAUUGUUAUCUAAUUCAAUUGUAUAAACUUUUUUUAUUGUUUAAAGUUCAAAAUUUCUUAAUUAACAAAUAGAAGAAUGCGAGGAAACUAAAAUUGCUUUGCAGUUAAAUUUAUUAAUAAUAAGUAAGAAUUUGGUAUGGAACAAACUGUAAACAUACAAGAGAUUGUAAGGAAAAAUGUAAAACUAAGCAUAAUAAAGUGUACGCUUAAUUAGUAGUUGAGAAUAUUUCAAUAAAAUUCAUUGAGAAAAAUAUUUACU